AUGAAGAAUCAGAGAUUCUCAUCCAAGCGCCGCUUACGUGCAAUGGGCAUAUCACAUAGAGAGUAUUCCUCGCAGAAAAGUGAACUUCUUGUCUUUGCGAUGAAGAAGAAGAUUUUCUGUGAAGGAUCUCUGUUGGACGCCGUUCAGCGCUCCAAUCUCUACUCCGAUUGUAAGCAUUUCGUCGACAUGUCUCUGAAGCAUGAUGCA